AUGAAAAAAACCAAAGGAGGACUUAUGUCCUUUAAUAAUUUUCUGUCAACAAGUCGUAAUCGUGAGAUAUCUUUCAAAAACUUUGCACGACCAGCAGCAUUAAAUACAAAUUCAGUUGGCAUCCUUUUCAUUAUGAACAUUGACACGGCUAUUUGUGCAAAUUCAUCAACACCAUUUGCUGAAGUAAGCAAAGUUGGCUACUACAAAGAUAAAGAGGAAGAAAUACUCUUUUCAACACAUGCGAUUUUUCGUAUCGAUCGCAUUGAACGAAUUCCCGAUAAUCACUCUGAUCGGCUAUACGAAGUUAAUCUCACUAUUGUCGGUAAUGACAAUCAUGAAUUGAACACACUUACAGCACAUCUGCGAGAAGAGUCCACUUGGGCAACAGGAUGGGCUCGAUUUGGUCACAUACUUAUUAAAUUGGGUGAGCCUGCAAAAGCUGAACAACUCUAUCAGAUCCUCAUUGAAAAGGCGCCUUCUGAUAAACAUAGAGCAGACUACAAUCAUCAACUUGGCUCGGUGUAUAAAGACAUGGGCGAGUAUUCAAAAGCACUUUUAUAUUACGGAAAAUCACUGGAUAUUUACAAGAAAAUUCUCUCUCCAAAUGAUCUCAGUUUGGCUUCUUCCUACAACAACAUCGGCUUGGUGUAUUAUAACAUGGGCGAGUACUCGAAAGCACUUUCAUCGUAUGAACGAUCACUUGAAAUCAAGAAAAUAGCUCUCCCUCCGACUCAUCCCGACGUGGCUGCUUCCUACCACAACAUCGGUAUGGUGUAUUAUAGCAUGGGCGAGUACUCAAAAGCACUUUCAUCGUACGAACGAUCACUUGAAAUCAAGAAAAUAGCUCUCCCUCCGAAUCAUCCCGACUUGGCUUCUUCCUACAACAACAUCGGUUCUUUGUAUGAUAACAUGGGCGAGUACUCAAAAGCACUUUCAUCGCACGAACAAUCACUUGAAAUCAAGAAAAUAGCUCUUCCACCAAAUCAUCCCAACUUGGCUUCUACCUACCUCAACAUCGGUACGGCGUAUGGUAACAUGGGCGAGUAUUCGAAAGCACUUUCACAUUACGAAAAAGCUCAAGAAAUCUUCCAAAAAUCACUUCCUGCAAAUCAUCCACAUAUUGCUCUUGUGAAAAGAAACAUUGACAAUGUAAAAAAGAAAAUCUAA